AGCAGUGAUACUCCAGUCGGACCCAGCAUAAAGAGAUUCCUGUGACUUAGAGCGGGGAAACAGCUCAACCAAGAAUAUAUACGCAUUCCAUAAGACACAUUAGCGAAUCAGGGCUCAUGAUAUCGACAAGCAGGCCACGAAGAGGGACUUGGGUUUAUUAGAGAAGGGCUGGUAUCAUCCGCUUCCGCUCAAUCUUCCCCCGGUCAUAUGCUAUCUACUUGCAACUCACGCGAAACUCGAUACCAUUUUAUUCCGGUUAACACGGCCCUAAUAAGGCCAUACCAACUUCAUAACAACAUUUAGUAACUUCAUCACCAUGGCAGUUAUAGACUUAAUCUACUCCCGCAAUGACGCUCUCCACGUCAACCCUCAGGGCGGCCAAUCUCACCUCUCCGAGGGAGGCUCUGACUGGCUCUGGGCUAUUAUGGCCUGCUUCAGCCUCGCCUUCCUCGUCUACUAUGCCCGUUGCUUCCGGCUGCCUUGGCUGUCCAAUUGGGCACCAGUCUUCCUGAGCAGCAGCGCUGCCCUCAAAUCAAACAAAUCAAAUCCGGGGUCAUAUUUCAGAAAUUUGAUAGUCCGCGAUGCUGGAUUUGUUGGCCGCUUGUUUGAUUGGAUUUGAUUCAUUGGGAGCGCUGCUGAACACAAGCCUAGCAGUCGGAUCUUUCGAAACACUCGUAUUGACGCGCGGAAGUAGCGAUCUUACUUGUAUAGAUGAAUGAGGGAUCUGAAAGAGACUCUCUGAUGCCUUUUUUGCGGGCGAAGUAGGCGUAACGGGGGGCGGGGGGUGGCGCGCCCCAUUUCUUGUUUUGUUAUGCAUGGAGUAGACGAAUCGUCAUUAUGCUGUUUUUUUACCGGUUAAUCUGUAAUCUUAUGUCUCUGACUUUUGUCAUAGCGCUCGGAGCUUCUCCGAACGACUCGAUUAGCGCGUCUCGCCAGAGCUUUGGCUAGACACCUAUACUAUUUUAUCGCCCUCGUAUCCCCCUCAUACACUCUAUAAACACAU